CGCGAGUGUAUAAUUACUUGCAGAACAGACAUAAGAGCAUUAGCGGAGAGCAUAAAGGCGGACGAGCCCGUAAUCACCGAAAGUGUAAUGGAGCAGUUAGUGGAGACCCUGCAGAAGCUGCAAGACAAAGUUUGCGACACAAACGCGAAGCGCUACUACAAAUACAAAACCUUGCAGACCCAUCUUCUGCCCCUUACGAACAUCGCGUUCGAUAAACUAGGUAAAAGAUGCCUGACAGGCAGCUACGACCGAACGUGUAAAGUUUGGGACAUUGACAGUGGAACGGAGCUUUUUACUCUCGAAGGCCAUAAGAAUGUGGUCUACGCCGUGUCCUUCAACAACCCAACUUCAGACAAAAUUAUAACCGGUUCGUUCGACAAAACCGCGAAGGUUUGGUGUACCAGAACAGGCCACUGCCUGACCACCAUGUGGGGUCAUGACGCCGAGGUCGUUGUCGCUAAGUUCUCGCCCAUGCAGAAUAAAGUGGCCACGGGUUCACUAGACUCGACGUCAAAAAUUUUUGACUCGACAACAGGUGACGAAGAGGGGACCUUGAAGGGCCACACUGCCGAAGUAAUAGCUCUGCACUUCAAUAACGAUGGGAAUCAAGUUAUCACAGGCUCCUUCGAUGGCACUGUCAGUAUCUGGGACACAAGGACAUUCGCUCGAACAAACGUGUUGAUUGGUCACCGAUCGGAGUUGUCCACCUGCGUCUACAACUUCGAUUGCUCUUUAAUCGCGUCGUCGUCCAUGGACAAGACGGCAAAGCUCUGGGACACGAGGAUGUACUCUUGCCUGGCUACUCUUCGAGGCCACGAUGACGAGGUCCUGGAUCUGACCUUCGACAACAGCGGGAAAAAGCUAGCGACAGCGAGCAGCGACUCCACAGCUCGUGUAUGGGACGUCACCAGCGACUUCCAGCAGCUGGCCAUCGCGGAGGGUCACCGUGACGAAGUGUCAAAAGUGUGUUUCAGUCCAAAUGGCCGACACCUGCUGACUUCCUCUUCAGACAGAACGUCGAAGUUAUGGUCGAUAGAGGAUGGCCGUUGCAUACAGACACUCGACGGCCACACAGACGACGUCUUCAGUUGUGCAUAUUCAUACAACGGCGAUACGGUUAUCACGGCGAGCAAGGACAACACUUGCAUGAUAUGGAGGUGACUCGAUUGGUUUCAGGUGUGUCCUUAGCUCGUUAUUCUUCUCCUGUUCAUAGUUUACGUUGUAUACUUCUACGCCAUUUAAAUUCGUUGAUUUCGACGUAAUUAAAUUAAAU